CCAUUUAAUUUUUAUCUUGUGUGAUUCUUCGCAAUAUUGUUUGCUGCAACCUAUUAAAGAUGAUGAAUCCAUUAGAAGCACUGACGACGCAUCUCCGCGAAGACGCGAAGAAUGGUUCACGAUCAGCCAUUCUCUUCGCCCAGAUUGCUCUGUUUACUGCAACAAUUUUUUUUUGCAAAACCACGCUAUAUGCAGAACAUGAUCGCACCGGAUUCAAAACGGCGUUGGCUUACCCAAUCAUAGCCAUUCUGGUGUCUAAUUCAAGUCGUUUGAAUGGUCUUGGAUUCAUCCGUAGAACGUGUGGCUACAAGGUAAAUUCAAUAGUAACUCUCAUCUGGUUCAUUUUAAGUAUUGUUUUAGAGAAAUUUUAUGAGAAAUCCUUGUGUAGUCUGGGUUUUACCUUGAGUAUCACUGUUUUGUUUUUAAUCCUACUGGUCAUAAUCCGACCCUCCACCGACCUUGGGUUGUUCGGUUUUUUAAUUGGAGUCAUUGGAUCGGUUGCUCUCGAUCUCUUUGGACUCAAAUUUCAAAUUUGGAUAGUUGUGGCCAUCUGUUUUCUGCUAUUAGUUUUUAGGUUCUGGUUGGAUUCACUGCCCCUUGAUAGGAGUACCGGAGGAACAAACCAAAUUUCCAAGUCACAGAUUAUUGAGGAGUUAAUGGUGGCGAAUUUCCACCUCUUUUGGGUUUACCAUUUGUUUAGAACCAAUUGUCGAUCCAAAAAAGAGCCCCCCAAAUACAUAUCUUGCAACCCAAGUUCUGUAAUGAAAAUGCUAGCGUGUGUGCUCAUUUUUAAUUUGUGGUUCGGCUAUGCCCUUAUUCCUCGUGUCUGUUAUUUGUUCCGAAGAAACCCUGAAUCUGCACCACGGGCGUCCGCUGAAUCUGGAGCAUCAUGGGUGUUCUAUCAAGUAGAAGCAGUAAAUAGUUAUGCUCCUUUUCACAAUAUGAAUAUGGAUGGUGGUGGUUGGAAGGAAAUGCUAGCGUGUGUGCUCUGUUCUUUGUUCCGAAGAAACCCUGAAUCUGCAGCACGGUCGUAUGAUUUACAAGUACUAAAUGGUUAUGCUCCUUAUGAUUUCCAAGUAGUAAAUAGUUAUGCUCUUUAUGAUUUCGAAGUAGUAAAUAGUUAUGCUCCUUUUCACAAUAUGAAUAUGGAUGGUGGUUGGAAGGAAAUGCUAGCGUGUGUGCUCAUUUUUAAUUUGUGGUUCGGGCCUGCGCUUAUUCCUCGUGUCUGUUCUUUGUUCCGAAGAAAGCCUGAAUCUGCAGCACAGAGUUAGGCUGCAGUAUAGAGUUAUGCUCCUUUUCACAAUAUGAAUAUGGAUGGUGGUUGGAAGGAAGAUUAGGAAAAUCACCCAGCGCACGCAUGAGAGAGAUGCCAUGUUUAACCUUGCCUGUCAAGCUCAUGUGUGUCUAUAUAUAUAUAUAGCACUCUAAUAUCUUUUUUCUCUUCGUUAUGGGAUUUUAUGCACCACUCUCAACUUCAUGUGAACUUAUAUUCCAACACUAUCCUCGUAAAAGGCUGUGGAUUGGGUAGCUGUUCAUAGCAGAGAAAGCACUAAUGUCCUUUGAAUUGGAUUUGAGUUUCCCCAUUGAAUCUGCUUGGUAUUCUUGACAAGGAUGGGCUGCCUCUGCACCACCUUCUAUGUAGUCAAACAUUUUUUGUUUUGUAGUUCUGUGUUUGUAUAUUGUGCUGUAUUUGGGUUUCACAAAUGCAUCUCUUGUUUCUGGCCCAAAAAAAAUAAUAUUAAUAAAAGAUUAGAAGCUUC